AUGCCUCCUCAAGCCGGCACGCCGGUCACGCCGCAGGCGGUGCCCCACCGCACGGCGGCGCAGCCAAGCAAGCACCGCCUGCUCUACUCUGAGAUCUUCCCCCCCCUGCUGCGCGUGCUGGCGUACAGCACCGCGGCGUACUUUGCGCUGCACCUCACCUGGGGCCUGCUGCACCGCUCCGAGGAGGGCGCGUCGCAGGACGCGGAGCUCACGCACCUCCAGCGCGACAUUCGCGCUGCGGCGGGUACCAAGGAAAUCUAA